AUGGCGAGUCGGGGAAUCACUAUUACCACAAAUAAAGCCAUCACAACUUCAAAAAGCACUCUCAUCUUGAAACAUGACAAGUUUCUCCCGCCAAGAAACAUGAUUAAUGAGUUUCCUCAUGACGACGUGUUAAGAAUGUGCUAUCGGCGUCACAUGCGUCUAAAGCCAUUCAUUUCCCAGCGCUCUAUGAUUCAAACAACAUACGUGGACUACGUUCGAUAUAAGUACAAAAACGAGGAUUACCCAAAAAAAUGCAGGGCAAGUGGUAUAGCACAUAAAACGCCAGUCCAAAGUGUUCUGCAGCAAGCAGAACUUAGUCUAAGGUUUUGCCUUCAGGCGGUUAUGCAAGUUAAGAAAGGGGUGUCUGAUGAAAGAUCUGUUUCCAAUGAGAUCAGACUGUCUAGGAACAUGCUCAAAAACAUAUUAGCUAUUGAGCACGAGAAAGCCAAACUAAUUGCACAAAACCCGCGCCAAAAUUACCCAAUCUUGAGAGAGGCAUUUUCGUACAUAUCGCCGACGGCGCACAAGUCCAGCUUGCUUCUGCGGUUCAAUGCAUUGAGAGAAUUCGAUAGAUGUUUGAUAAGGUUCAACAUGUGUAUGGGAACUAAGCUUUGA